CUGUCAUUUACUUUUACCUACCAGAGUGUCUUCUGUAAGCCUUGCUAUCAGAGAUAUGGCCUCUGUACCAGCAGCAGAAUGUAGUUCUGGUGUUCCCCGGAAACAAAAGUGCACAGCCUUGGGCCUCGCAGACAGUAGCCCAUGUCAAUUUGAUGUAACAUCCGCCAAUGGCCACUUUUGUCAUUUCCAUUCCAGGCAAUGCUAUGGCCUAUACAAAGGCUAUAAACGCCGCAAUGCUCAACUUGAUGCUCUUACAGCGUCUCCUCCUGCCUAUUUGGCGCAAUGCGGGACAAAACUGGCAAAUGAGAAUUUCAUGGCAGUUGAAGAUGAAGACCGGCUCGAGGAAAUUCAUAAUCAUCUCUUCAAGAUGUACGCUCUUCUGGAUCGCGUCAUCAAGGCUCGCAAACUUCACCAUAGUCAUUUCUAUGCCCAGACCAUGGACUACGGCCAUGCAAAAUACCUCAAUACACUCAUAACGCAGAAGCUGACAGUGCAGAAAGCUUUGGUGCGUCUGACGCAGCGCCUGGCUGAGGUUCUCUACCAGCAACGGAAAUGGUUCAAGUGGGCGCGAGAAUGCCAAGAAGAGGAAGAGAAACAGCGUGAGAACGAACAGAAGAAGAUCAAGCAUGAAGCUGCUCUUUUCCGUCGCCAAGCCAAGAGACUCGAAGCCCGCAUACGGGAACUUCGGGCAAAAGAGGACAGCAGACGACAAGAAGAGUACCUAGAGUCGGUGUAUCAAGAGAGCCUUGCCAAUCAAUCAGCAGAGUCGGAUGACGAGGCUUGGGAUCCCAUUGAAGAUAUCAUGGAAAAUGAACGCGGCACUUAUAUCGAGCUCAUCAAGCAUUUCCUAUGGUUGGAGCUUCGACCCAGCUCAAACCCGCCCUCAGAAAGCAGUCUCGCUCCAGAAGUUGAUGUCGAUGGAGCAUGCGAACCAUCAACGAAAGUCAAAGACAUUCAGACAGCGCAAAAUUCGUCAAACGAAUCUUCAGUGUCGCAGAACGUAAAAGCCAAAAAGAAGUCCAAGAGCAAAAAGAACAAAGGCAACCUUACCACGGAUGACACGACCGAGAUUGAGUAUAUCGACCCUGAUUCCUCGAACGGAGCUAGCCACUCACGGACAGUUAUUGUCCCCGCCCAAGGAGGAAGCAAACGACAAGAAACCGAACCAGACGGGGCGAAGAUCGAAAGCCGAGAGGACAUUCGGAUGAGACUUCUUGAAGGCACAAAGCCCAUCAACGAUAAUCUAAUGUUCCUCGACGCUUCUGGCCGAACCGAGAAAUUCGAGCGUAUGGAACCGAUGCCCGCUUCAGAAGUAGACCGUGUGCUCGAAGAGAUCGCGGAGAUAAAGAAUUACCUGUUCUGCCGGCUUUUACUUGGAAAUGCCGUUCUGCUCCCGGCAGCUAUGAAAGCGAACAGCGUGCACGACCUUCUCGCAGAUCCCGAAGUCAAAACUGCUGAUUUGCGAGAUUUAUGUCUGAGGUUAGAACAGCCUCAGUUGCAGGAGAUCCGGGACGCAUGUGCAGAUUUUUGUCGCAAAGUCGACGACAACAAUGCGUGUCCGGACGAUGAGUUAGACGAAGAUGAACACAGUGAGAAGGAAGAUGGCAUGAUGGACUUGAAGUUGAGGAAGAAAAGGCAUAAACACCAUCUGCCAAAGAUAUGGAAGUCCAACCGAGAAAAGGCUAUUCGGACCGCACAACCGCAAGCUUCAGUUGCGUUACAGGAGAUGCUAGACCAAGCCGGAUUUCUCGAUGAGAAGCACGGCACCCGUGUUGAUUUCGGUAAAAUCGACGAACAAGGCGAAUUUCAAAAAAGUAACUUGCGAGUCAAGAUCUGUGGGCGCUACAUCUACCAUUACCCCUAUCGAGGCGCAAUGAAACGAGGCGGUUGGCUGCAUUUCAGCAUCAUGGCAAAGGAAUGCAAUCUUCACGAAGCUGUCGAGCUGUGCAAGUCAUGGGACGAAUUCUUCGAGCUAAGCGUUCUGACGCUCUACCAAUACUUUCCGUCCCCUGAGUGGCUUCUUUGGGCAGGAGACUUUGUGAAACGGCAGUAUCUCCAAGUUGGCUUUUUCCCUUAUUUCAUUUUCAACGAGGCAUCUGGGCUCACCGCGAGUAAACGUGGUCGCAAUCAGGUAGGCCGUCGCAUUCAUGCUUCUUCUGAAAUGAGAAAUUUUAUCUGUGCGCAUAUGAAACGCAUUGAUCCGGUCACUCGUCGAUUCAUCCAGUAUACCUCAAUGCAAACCACAAGAAUGUUGAUCUUGGUGAGGGACGGAAAAACUGGGCGUAUUAUUGUGACACCGCCGGAGGACGACCUAUGGCUCGUCCGAUCUAAGCACGGAUAUGGCAGGGAGACCAGGACUGAGUGGGAGACCAAACGAUACGUCGGGCCGUUAUUCUUCGAGGAAAUGGAGAGGUUUAGGAGUUUCAGCCUCGGCUUCGACGAUUAUUAUGAUAUCUAUAUUUGGUGCACAGAACCGGGAACUCCGUGGCAGAUGCUCCACGCCAGUGUCAUUGAGAUGCUGUAUAAGGCGAAUCGGGUCAUACAGCCUGAGGAUAUAUUCGCCUCAAUCGCUCCAAUUCUGAAGACUGUAACUCGAGAUGAAAACACAUGGCGCCCGCGAGAUAUUCGCGAGGGAGAAUCGGCUCAAUCGAUCUGGGAUGAGAUACGAAACGACUCCAGGUUCGAGUGGCGAACACCGAAGGGAGAUGUUUAUACCGAGAUGCCAAAGCAUUUGGCGUAUGGAGAAGCAGAUGCUCUCGAAGACGAAAUCCUCUUUCCAGAAGACUUUUCAAGCUCCUCCAGCAAACAACGCUUCAAACCGAUCGAAAACAGCCUGACAAUGUUCGAGUCAGGCCGGAUGCAGGACUUCGUUACGAAACAGUUCAUUCAACGUGGCGACUUCAGCGAUGAAGAGUCCGAUGACAUGGACAUGGAAUAUAUCGAGGAAGAAGAUACCGAUGAGACGGAUGCAUCGCAACAAGGCGGUGCUGGAGAGGAGGAUCAGAUUCCAUCGUCUCGCGAUCACCCAGUGGGCGACGAAUUGGAAUAUCUGGAGGAAUAUCAUAAGGACGCUGCUCGCCCGUCCGAGCACGAGGGUGAUGAAUCCUCACGAGAGUUGCUAUCUAAUAUCUUCUCCCACGUAGCCACGAGCAGGAAGAUAUUGGAUUCGUUUGGGCCUGGUCCCAACGUAGAGGACCUCGACUUGGAAGAAGAAUACCUGAUGUAUAUUGAUAUGUAUAAAUCGAAAGUCUUCAAAGAAGCAUGGCACGGAUGCGAUCUCGAACCGGGUGCUCGGGACAGCUGGAACGAUUACAUCUCGAUUCGUUAUGACGCCGAAAAGGAUCUAGUGCUCUUCGAUGAAGCGUGCUUUCUCUCUGCACAGGUUCUGAAGCACCUGGAGUACCAUCCAGAAACUCACCCGAGGGUGAUGAACGACGUACGACGGGCUUGCGCGGCGGUCUUGCUCUUUAGCUCAAAAGCUUCUUCGUUCCUUGGGGGCAGAUAUGGUGACAAGCACAAAGAUUCCAAACUGCUCGAUCAAAAGGGACGCUCAGAGCAACUUCCCACCCGUCGAAGUUGCUACAGCUCCAAAUAUCGAGAUGGCUCAUUCUACAAAGCAUUUGACGAAGCAGUUCAGGCAUCGCGCACGAAGGUCUCACAGACUCUAUACGAUGAGCUUCCUGCCGAGUGGGACAUUUGUAUUCGUCCUAAGCUCGCACAAUUAUUCAAGCACGGUGUGAUUUGCGUUUCAUAUACUCCAGAGGAAUGCAUUCCUGGCAGGGCAUUUGCGGCUAAAGAGCAUGGUCGCCCUUUGGACCUGUUCAUUGACUACCGGCCGACCGUCAAUGGAACCAGAUUGACAAAGCAUAUGGUCAGUCCCUAUGCUAUCACCAUCGAAUCACUGCGCGAGAAUGCCCGACAAUUUGCAACAUCUCGGCCCGAGGCCCGAUUUGCAUUGCUCCGCCUAUGGUCGACACCUUAUUUCUAUCCGUUCAUGAUCGCGCUGUGGAAUCGGCCAUCACACGCCUUUACCGACGCUAUUGGCCGUGCCUGGGAGUGGAAGUUUAUGCCUACGGAUAUGCCUUACUCGGAACACAGCGUACACUACAACAUGACUGAGAGAUUCAACCCUUUCAUGGCCAAAUUCGAACAUGGAAACAGGCUCAAGAUCCGUAAGGAUGUGGUUCUUGUGAUGGGAGAAAACGAAGAGCAACUCUUGAAACUCGCGUCUGCGGCCACGUUCAUUGUGCAGACGCGGCCUUGGCGGCUGGAGAUUGAUUUCUGCAAGAGCUUCGUCAAUAUUGAUAUUGAGUUCCUGAACGGCCUGGAUGAUGCUUGGUGGGCUUGAAGCCCCCCAAUGUUCCAACACAGCAGUAAUGUCAACAUAAGUCUCGAUGAUUCUCAUCUCGAAAUACCUGAUCUAAAUCACCGGCCGUCAGGUUUUCCCUCUGCCAGAAUAGCUUACCGCAUCAUUCUAUGUCAGGAUCUUUAUUUGGCAAGCGUGGCCAUAACUGCUGGGACAGCUCGCACCCCGUUUCUCC